AUGCCUUCGCUGGAUUUGAGCAAACUGCACGACGAUUUGGCCACCACAGAGCAGGAAGUGGGGUCGAUCAUCGAAUCUUUCAUCGAGCUGGGUGUGUCGAUCUAUGACUUCCCAGGAACAUCAGAGGCAGCCCAGGGCAUGAUGACCAAUUUGCAGCGGAAUGUGGACCGUCUGCGUAAUCUGAACCGCAAAAGUAAUGACCCAGACUCGCAAUUGGCCGGUUUCCAAGUGCCCAUGGAGGUGCUACAGUAUAUAGAAGACGGACGAAACCCGGACGUUUACACCAGAGACUUUGUGGAGGCUAUCCGUCGCUCGAACCAGUACCAACGGGCCAAGAUGAACGGGGUGAAGCAACUGAGAGACAAACUGGCGGAAAAAAUCGUUGCAGAGUUCCCAGACAUGCAGGACAGCGUUAAGGAUAUUUUGCAGCGAACAGACCGGUGA